AUGGGCAAUCGACUCUGGUUGUUUCCUUCCACCUCCAUCAGUGGAUUACCCUGGUCAACUGGCCUGCUACUAUCAGACUGCUCCUGUGAAAACUAUAAACUGACUACAAACUGCUCUAAGACCGGGAGUGGCGAAUGCAGGUGCACUUCGAUCGGCACACAAACUACCGUCACCUGCUCCAAACUGGCUGCCAAAUGUUUGGUGAUGAAGGCAGAAAUGACCGGCUCAAAGUCUGGGAGGAGAGUGAAACCGGAGGGCGCAAUCCAGAAUAACGACGGGCUCUAUGACCCUGACUGUGAUGACAAAGGGCUCUUUAAAGCCAAGCAGUGCAAUGGCACCUCCACCUGCUGGUGUGUGAACACUGCUGGAGUCAGGAGAACCGAUAAGGACAGUGAAAUCACCUGCUCUGAAACAGUGAGAACCUUCUGGAUCAUGAUUGAAUUAAAACACAAAGCAAGAGAAAAACCCUUUGAUAUAGAAAGUUUGAAGACUGCACUCAAGGAGGUAAUUUCAACUCGUUAUCAGCUGGAUCAAAAAUAUAUCACAAACAUUGAUUAUGAGAAUGAUAUUAUCACUAUUGAUCUGAAGCAAAAUGCUUCUCAGAAAUCUGAGAGUGAUGUUGACAUCGCUGAUGUGGCUUAUUAUCUUGAAAAAGAUGUUAAAGAUGAAUCCUUAUUUCUUUCCAAAAAACUGGACCUAACAGUAAAUGGGGAACGGCUGGAUCUGGAUGCUAGCAAAGCUUUCAUUUACUAUGUAGAUGAAAAACCGCCUGAAUUUUCAAUGCAGGGUCUACAGGCUGGUAUUAUUGCUGUCAUUGUAGUUGUGGCCAUAGCAGUUAUUGCAGGAAUUGUUGUGCUGGUUAUUUCCAAAAGAAACAGGACAGCUAAAUACGAGAAGGCUGAGGUAAAGGAGAUGGGUGAGAUGCAUAGGACACCCCAUGCAUAGCUGCUGUCAUCUGAAGAGUAACUGCAAGGAGGGAAAUUUGGACUCAAUUACAAAUGUGUGAGCAUGGGACAAGAAAAUCCCUUCAAGAUCUGCUUUCUUAGCUUAACAUUACAUAUUUGUAAUAUUGAAACGUCACUCUACUUUUAAAUAUAAGCAGCUUGAAAUUGCUUAUCGAUCUUAAAAUUUGACCACAUGUGUUAGAUAUAUGCAGAUCUGAUGUAAAACCCAGAACUUGUUUACUAUGCAAUCUUGCAUAGUUAAAAUUAGGCAUGACAUCAAAUAAAGAGUGCGCAUUAAAUAUC